AUGGCGGGUGGGACGAUUCACGAACCAACGCCACUACUCCUUUCAGAUGACGAGAAUCGCAUUCUAGGUUUACAUGAUCGCCUUCAGCAGCUUCAAUUAGAGAUCGCCUUACUCUCAGCCCAGAAAAAUUACGAUCCACGUAUAAGUCCGCCUACAGGAGAUGGGAGCAUAGAAGUAGCCCAGAAAGCGCUUCUGGAUUCAAGAUCCAAAUAUGUCCUCCGGAAUCAAGUAGUAGACAGUGUUGUGGCUGCCAAUCCAAUCCUACAGGCAGUACACAACGGUACCAAGGCAUCUCCUAUAGAAAGGGACUUACUGCCCAUUCUAGAACAACGCGACCAGUCAUCUUCAGCAUUAGCACAGCAGUCCUCAGAGUUACGCACACUGCUUGACGAAAUCACGGAGGUAGAGAGUCAGAGUCUACGCCUCGGUCGCGAGAACGUAGAGCUGGCGUCCAAGUUACUCGAACUUGCUGAGCAGACGAAUCGGAAUAAGGCCGAGGCGGUUAACCUAGAUCCGGAGCGGGCAGCUGAGAUCUCGAACCUGGAGGGCCAGGUUAAGCUAAGUAGACAGAGAUGGCGGGUCCUGAAAGGCACUGCAAGUGCAGUGGUUGCUGGCAGUGGAGUUGAUUGGUCUAGAGAUUCUGAGCUGAGGGAUAUUGUUUUGGACCCUGAAAACGAGGAUGAAGCGUGA